CCAUCUUCAAACUCAGACAUUCCAGUUUCAGCUUGAGAUUACAAAACCAUCCUACUGUAAACUUAAACACUGUCUUAUCUGUUUAGUAACCAUAGUGUUUUAUUUGUGACAUAUGGAUCCCAUUUCACACCUUGAACCUAUCAAAAGUCCCUUUUAAACUCCAAUUUUUUUUAUUAAUGUUUAUACAUGUCUAUUAUAUUAAAGUUGACAAAUUAAACAAAUGCUUUUCGUGUCCAGGCUUUUUAAGAGUGUUUAAAGACUUUUAUCUUUUAUAGCGCAUCCAUCCAUCCACUUCACAUCCACAAAACCUUGCGUGACGCGACUUACAUGCUCCUGAAUAAUGGACAAAUACGUUGAUCUCUGUCAGUCAUUCGGUGUACCCCUCUGGGUGGGGCCGUUGCUCCAUGCGGCCUCAAGAUUGAAGACAGACCGGGAAAGACGGAGAAAAGUCUACCGUUUAAUCCAGCGACAGUUAAUGACGAAGAUUGGUAGCGGCACACGUGUCAAAUGCACCUAUGUGUACCCGGCUAAACUCAAAGAGAUGAUCCGAUUUGCCUUUCCCGAUGACAUUUGUAACUACCCGGAUCCCUGCCACGAAAAUGUUGUUGUCAUCACUAUUGAUGAUCUGAAGAGGAUGGAGCUCGCUUGAUCCCCAGUGGAACUGAAAUUAAAGUGCAGUUACAUUUGCAUGCGUGCACGUUUCCAUAUUAAUGUUAAUACGAAUGCAACCGUGUAACUUCUGCAGUUGUUCGAAGCAGUGUGUUUUAAAAAGUUCAUAUCUGAGCCGCAUGAUUUGUCAUUGUGUAACGUAAACUUAAACUACAAAUCCCAGAAUCCAUUGCUACUCGCAAAACUGCACGGUUUGCAGGGAAUAGUGCGUAAGGUAGCAUUUGUAAUCAACGUUUGGUUGUAUUCAUUGUAAUUUGGAAAGCGUUCUGAAUAAAGUAAAGUCUUAACGUGUGUUAUUUCGGGUAAUUGUCCUGUGGGUUACCAUGGCAACGUACACAACCCACACAAACCCUCAGCGGUGAGGUUAUUUGCUUCACACAACACAACCUAUUUCAUCAUUUCAGUGCCGUAGAAAUACUUUGAUUGACUUUGGAAAAUGGCUCCAGAGGGAAAAUCCGACAUGGAAAGGGUUGGUCUCUUUAAGGAAUUGGGCUACAUCUCCAUAGGGGACAAAUAUACAUCUACUAACCGCCCAUUUAAUGAAUCAGCUUACAAGCACAAGCAGAUGUUAUCAGGAGGAACAAAAGCAAAGUGCGCGCUGCAGACGGGAUACUUCGACACGCAGUUUAAGCGCAUCUUUGAGAGAGAGGCGCUUACAGACCGCAUCAAAAUAGAGAGACAAUACAGGAUACAACAAACCAAACAGAACCUAGCCAAGGCCUUUCUGCCCAGCAAUGGAGAGAAGAAAACAUCGGGGGUGGGCAACUAUUAUGGGACAUUUGGAGGUCCUAUUCAAGCAAUGAGCGCCUUAAAGGUUCCAAGGAGACCACACAAAUCACCCGGGAAGAAUUUCUACACCAAUCCACCUAAGAAGGGAAGUGGUUAUGGCUAUCCUGAUGUCACCCUCUCCAAAAUGAUCUUCUAUUCCUCAGACCCCUAUGAUCGUGCAAAAGAGAUGCUAAAGCGUGAGAUUCUGGCACACAAAUCCAGGCUGAAAGGGGGACCAUUUCGUUUGAACCUUCAUCCGAGCGAGUGCUUUGAUGGCAACCCAUACAAAUCUGACAAACCUCUACCACCUCCAAAGAAGCCUGAGGAGAAGAAGCAUUUUGCAGUGCCUUUUAAAGCAAGUUCACCAAGUAAAAAGACUGGAGGUAUGAAAGCAGGAACGUUUGACUCAUACCCCACCUACUCUGCAGAACCCUAUGUCACCAGAAAGACCAAAUCAGCGAUGACAAAUAAGGAAGGAAAGAUAUUUAACCCCUCCCCUGGCCCAAAGAGCACGCCGGUCAAGAGCAUCAUCAACCUUAAUGUCAACAGGGUUGUCAAUUCAACAAACUACAAUCAAAUCCCCUCUGUGAUGGCAUAUUAAAAAUUUUGGGUGAUUAUAAAAUAAUUAUUUCAAUAAAACAGAUUUUGAAA